AUGUUGACUAAACUUGCCGUUCUGAUUUUACUAUGUUAUUUGAGCAACGGAGAGAAGGUCAAAUCCAGUUCAUCGUCCAGUGAAUCUGACGAAUCAAGUAAGGAGGUUCCGGUUCAGAAGUUCAUCUGGCCCGAAGCUUGUACCUUUGAUGGGAUUGCAAAGGUAGCCAGCUGCAAACCUACCAAAGACCAAGGAGUUGGAACGGUAGGCAUUUUUCAGUUUUCUAGUCCGUUCAGAAAUUCGCUGGAGUGAUUUCGACGACGCACUGUGAGACUUAUCCUUCCAGAAAGCGCUUUCACGGCGAAAAAGUCUCCGCACUUUAUGAAAAUGCUACAGUGAGGGACCGGAUCCAGUGGCAAAAAACGUCUCCAAACCCUUCCCUUCUCUAAGCUAAAAAACUCCGCUUUGAAAAGCCCGCCUUGAAGGAAAGGGCGCGCUUUUCAAAACGGAGUUUUUUAGCUCAUAGAAGGGAAGGGUUUGGAGACGUUUUGGUCCCUUACGGGAUGCAAAGCGGGACGUUUUUUGCCACUGGAUCCGGUCCCUCACUGUAGUAGUCCGUUCGUGGAGUCAUUGGAGUGUUUUCGACGACAUGAACUGUGACACUAAUCCUUCCGGAAAGUCGCUGGUCUGAUUUUCGAAAUUUUCAUUGUGCGAAAAAAGUCAGGGUGCGAGCGACAGCCCAAAAAAGCCCAUUGCACGGUGCAAAAAGCAAAAAUUGUACAGUGCAAAGUAAAUUUUUGUUCUCCCACGGUGCGUGCCGCCGAUUUCGGUCCAGCGACUUUCCGAACGGACUGGGAAAACAAUUCACUUUGCACUGUGCAAUUUCUUGCUUUUUGCACCGUGCAAUAGGCUUUUUUGGGCUGGGCCCGCACCCUGACCUUUUUCGCGCAGUGUAGACUCCAAAAAUCAGUCCAGCGACUUUCCGGAAGGACUAGUCUCACAGUGCAUGUCGUCGAAAACACUUCAGCAGCUCCACGAACGGACUACCAGCAUUUUCAUAAAGUGCGUAGACUUUUCGCCGAGCGUUGCAGGAAAAAAAUGAUUUGCACAACAAAAUGUGUUGAAAAGGAUCGAAAUGCACAGUGAAAAAAGUCACGGACUUUAUGAAAAUUCUCGUAGUACAAAACCUUUGUUUUGUCGACCUAAUUGUAAUAACACUGUAUCGUUCAGCUCAUAACCUCAAUUGCUUCAUCCCCUCGAGCUCAAGACGUCAGAACCCUAAUCUUCCACUGCUCCGAGCCCCUAGGACAUGUUCUCGCAACACCAGCCUCCCCAAUCGAGGAACUGACCCUCUCCAACUGCGGAAUCUCUUCUAUUACUAUCGGCAAAUCACACACCGGAACUGCUUUGAAGCAUUUGGAUUUGUCCAAAAACAAUCUGACUACGGUUCCCUACUUUGGAUAUCUUCCCGAACUGACCGAGCUUGACUUGGCCGACAAUUCGAUCAGAAGUAUCAGGGAAGGGUCAUUUACUUUCAAUGAGAAACUGGAAACCAUUGAUUUAUCCCGCAAUAACAUCAAAAGGAUCGAGCUGAACGCAUUCGAAAGACCGUUGAAGAAAAUAACUUUAGAUGGUAAGCAAUUUUUUUUGACUAUACCUUCUGGUAAUCCGAAAUUUAUACUUCCCAAUUUCAGAGAAUCUGAAGGUGGUUUGCGAUAAAGAUUGGCCCUUAUUCCUACGGUAUGCCACUAAGAACAAUGUGGAAUGGAGUUUGCCUGGCUCCAACGAUGUGCAAUGCGAUUCCGAAUAG